UCGAGCCAAACUUCCGGCGACGAUUCCCGAGUCCGGUUCCCGUACCUGCCUGCCUUACCGUACCAGACCCUUUUUAUACCUCUUUUAUAAACUCCCAACUUCUUCCUCUUCUUUUUUUUCGCCCAUCAUGCCCGCCGCUGUCUUCGCCUCUUCCAUUCAGCGAUCUCUUCUCUCGUCUUCGCUGCGCCGUGUCGCUAUCACUUCAUCCGCCGUCCGCCCUGUCCGAGCUUCCUUCGGUGCUAUCCAAACCAUCUCUCCCUUCGCCGUCCGCACAAUGGCUUCCCACCAGAAGAUCAAGGUCAAGAACCCCGUCGUCGAGCUCGACGGUGAUGAGAUGACCCGCAUCAUCUGGCAGGUCAUCAAGGAUAAGCUCAUCCUUCCUUACCUCGACAUCGACCUCAAGUACUAUGAUCUUGGUCUUGAGUACCGUGAUGAGACCAACGAUCAGGUCACCAUCGAUGCCGCCGAGGCUAUCAAGAAGUACUCCGUCGGUGUCAAGUGUGCCACCAUCACCCCCGAUGAGGCUCGUGUCGAGGAGUUCAAGCUGAAGCAGAUGUGGCUUUCCCCCAACGGAACCAUCCGAAAUGCCCUUGGUGGUACCGUCUUCCGUGAGCCCAUUGUCAUCCCCCGCAUUCCCCGUCUUGUUCCUGGCUGGAAGAAGCCUAUCAUCAUUGGCCGUCACGCCUUUGGUGACCAGUACCGCGCCAAGGACGCUGUCCUUCCCGGCCCCGGUAAGCUCUCCAUGGUUUACACCCCCGAGGGUGGCCAGCCUCAAGAGAUUGAGGUCUUCCAGUUCAAGAACGGCGGCGGUGUCGCUCAGACCCAGUACAACACCGACGAGUCCAUCACUGGUUUCGCUCACGCUUCCUUCAAGCUGGCUCUUGACAAGGAGCUUCCUCUCUACAUGAGCACCAAGAACACCAUCCUCAAGAAGUACGAUGGUCGAUUCAAGGAUAUCUUCCAGGAGAUCUACGAGUCCACCUACAAGAAGGACUUCGAGGCCAAGAAGAUCUGGUACGAGCACCGUCUCAUUGACGACAUGGUCGCCCAGAUGAUCAAGAGCUCCGGUGGUUACAUCAUGGCCCUCAAGAACUACGACGGUGAUGUCCAGUCCGACAUUGUCGCUCAGGGCUUCGGCUCUCUUGGUCUCAUGACCUCUGUUCUCAUUACCCCUGAUGGCAAGACCUUCGAGUCUGAGGCUGCCCACGGUACUGUCACUCGCCACUACCGUGAGCACCAGAAGGGUAACGAGACCUCCACCAACCCCAUUGCCUCCAUCUUCGCCUGGACCCGUGGCCUCGUCCAGCGUGGCAAGCUCGACGACACCCCCGAGGUUGUCGCCUUUGCUGAGAGCCUUGAGCAGGCUUGUAUUGACACUGUCGAUAUUGACGGUAUCAUGACCAAGGAUCUUGCCCUUGCCACUGGCAAGUCUGAGCGCAAGGACUAUGUCACCACCAACGAGUACAUGGAUGCCGUUGAGCGCCGUCUCAAGCGAACCCUCAAGGAGAAGCUGUAAACGCAUUGUCAUCUGUCGUUUUUUUACAGCCUCCCUUUAGCCUCUAAUUCCGCUU